AUGGAGAUCACUAAUGAUCUUUGUCAAGAAGAACUUAUGGAGAUCACUAAUGAUCUUUGUCAAGCUUUGCAAUGUCAAUCCCAAGAUAUCGUAAAUGCCAUGAAUCAUGUUUCUUCCACUAAAGCACUCAUCCAAGAAUUAAGAGAUGAUGGAUGGGAUUCUUUGCUUGCCAAGGUGAAUUCUUUUUGUGAAUCACAUAACAUUGAUAUCCUAGAUAUGAAUGCUCAUUAUGUUGCAAGACGAGGUUGA